AUGAUCUUCACUGGUAAGCAUCAUAAAAAGAAUAGCAAGAUCAGCUCUUCACAAGAUCUUGGAGAUGACGGUCUGCACUCGCUUCUGCCAAGCCCAUUGCCACCUUCCUUCGAAAUGACAGUUUCGUCGUCUCGUUCCUACGUCGUUUCUUCUCCCUCAGAUAUUUCCUUCGAGGACCCCUUUGAUGAUCCAAGCAUGGAGCCUAUCCCUCUGCCAUUUCCUCAAUCGGUGCAAGCAAGGACGGCACACGAUGCUUCAAAUUUGCUGCCGGUGCCAGAUGAUGCCAGCCGUUCAUCCUCCUUCAUGCAACUGCAGUACAAGCCAUUGGAUACCAAACUUCCUCAAGAAUCCGGCAGUGGUCACACUGUUGGAUCCAACAUUAGCACCAACGAGCCCGUCUUUGGCGACGACCAACCGCCCAUGCUCAAAAAGAGUCAAGGAACCAUUCCUAUGCAAACAAAUCAGUCCUUAUUUAUGAUUCCCUUUGGCGAUCGUAACGCGGAGCCUUUGCCCGUCGGAUCACAAGGUCAAGUGCCGCAACCACUGGUUCAUCCAACUAGUGUCGAUUCCGCCUUCCUGAACGAAUACUCAAGCAAGAAGGGGCCUACAGGGAUACGUCACGCUGUUGGUUGCAAACGAAGCACCACCGAGGCCUUAUUCGCUGAUGACCAAGUGAGUGCCAACAAGCGCCAACGAUCAGCAUUAGGGCCCCCUUGUGAGCCUACUGCAGGACCCAAAUCGGUACCAACGUCUGAACUAACAAGUGGACCUACCAGUGGACCAACAUUUGGAGCUACUUUGAGUCCAAAGAGUAGUCCUACGUCCGGGCCAACCUUGGAUCCAGCUACUGGCCCAAGGUAUGGACCAACGGUCCUCGUUGAAGCUGCGACUUCUGACGAAGAAGCCAAAACUCGUUUUCGCCCUUACCAAGAGAAGAAUUGGAGAGAGCAGUUCCAAAAGCUCAUCCAAUACAAGCAGAACAAUGGACACUGCUGCGUUCCUCUCACUUACACAGAAGAUGCUAUUCUUGGCAGAUGGGUCAAGAGACAAAGACAUCAAUACAAGAAGUUCAAUGACAGUGAUCCCACAUCUACCAUGACUACUCGGCGUAUUAAAGAUCUCAAAUCCAUCGGCUUUGUAUGGGCUCCACACCAAUCAACGUGGCUAGAGAAACUCAAUGAGCUCAAGGCAUUCAGAAAAAGAACAGGUCACUGCAACGUCCCGGCUCGCUAUCCAGAGAAUACUACACUUGCCACUUGGGUAAAAUGCCAACGUCGGCAACACAAGCUUUUCGUCUCCGGCGAUUCUUCGUCGACUAUGACAAUUGAACGUUUUCAAAAGUUGCAUUCCCUGGAUUUUGUAUUCGAUACCUCAAGAAAGAAGUCAUUAGUGAGGUGA